UCUCACAACAACAAAUCACUUUGAGCAGCUGUUUACUGUACGCGGGAGUCGGGACACAAACCUUCAGACAGAUAGUGUUUGGGCCGGGUACUGAGUAGACUUGCCACACAAAGAGAAACCCUAAUAAAUGAUGGCAGAGGAGAAGGAACUGGUGUCUUCAGACCGAGGACUGAUCAGCACCCUGCGGUCGGCCGCCUGGUCACUUGUGUACGUACCAGCGAGGCAGCUUGACAGAGAGUCAGGGUGGUUUUCCAAUUGGCUUCCUGCUUGGUGUCCUACAUCUGUGCCACAUCUCAAAGAAGCUGAAGAGAAGAUACUUAAUUGUAUUAAAAGCUCCUAUAGCAAGGAACACGUCUUGAUAUCUGGUGGAAACAAGAUAUGGACAUUAGCAUUUACACAGACUCUGCCAAACAAAACUCCUCUAGUCCUGCUGCAUGGCUUUGGUGGUGGAGUUGGACUCUGGGUACUUAAUUUUGAUGAUCUUUGCCAAGACCGGACUGUGUAUGCUUUUGAUAUCUUGGGAUUUGGACGGAGCAGCAGACCACAUUUUGAAGGUGAUGCAGAAAGAGCAGAAGAGCAGUUUGUGCAGUCAAUAGAAGAGUGGAGAAUGACUAUAGGUCUUGAAAAGAUGAUUUUACUUGGACAUAAUCUUGGUGCUUUUUUGGCUUCUGCAUACUCCCUUAAAUACCCUUCAAGGGUAAAAAGUCUAAUUUUAGUAGAGCCGUGGGGAUUUCCAAACAGACCUGACAAUGGAGAGGAAGAAAGGCCUAUUCCUAUAUGGAUUAAAGCAGUGGGAGCCAUGUUGAGUCCGUUUAACCCAUUAGCAGGACUUCGUUUAGCUGGACCAUUGGGAUUAAGUCUGGUUCAGCGUUUAAGGCCUGAUUUCAAGAAAAAGUAUUCUUCAAUGUUUGACGAUGAUACAGUAACUGAAUACAUUUAUCACUGCAAUGCACAGUCCCCAAGUGGGGAGACUGCAUUCAGGAAUAUGACUGUCCCAUAUGGUUGGGCGCAAAGACCAAUGCUACAGCGGAUAGAUGAAAUGCAUCCAGACAUCCCUAUAACUGUGAUUUAUGGAGCACGAUCUUGUAUAGAUGGUAAUUCUGGAAGCACCAUUCAGUCACUGCGGCCAAACUCGUAUGUGAAGACAAUUGCGAUUCGUGGAGCUGGACAUUAUGUAUUUGCUGACCAACCAGAAGAUUUCAACCAGAAAGUAUCUCAGAUAUGUGAUUCUGUGGAUUGAUUUAAAGAGGAGAUUUUGUAAAACACCUUUGCUGCAAGCACUGAACUCACAGCUUGUCUUUAGUGUCUAAACACUGCAAGGGAAGCACCAAAUCACUGUGUCCUUGCUUGAUCAUUGGUGCUUUUUUUCUGUUAAAUAUUUGCACACUCAAUCCAUAAACGUGCCUUUUAGGACCUCGUAUAGAAAUAGCACUGUAUGAUUUUUUUCCAGAGUGUCUUUAUAUUUAUAAUGUUAAAUAUUAGAGAUUUAUAUACUUUUGUGAACAUGUAUAUUUACAGAACAGAACAAUAUAGGAUGCCAUUUUGACUGGAAAAUAUGUAUAUAUAUACCAUGCUCUGGUAGGCUCUGUAUAUCCCAAUUUUGAUUCUGGAGCAUUCUACUCAACAGAUGUUGUGACAGUGUCACUACUGAAAAACUAAUGUAUGAUCUUGUAUUUAUUUUUUUUGUUUAUUAUAUGUAUAAUUGUGCCAAACGCUGCAUACAGUUUGAGUAUGCAUGGGUGACUAGUAAAUUGCAAGAUGACAAAUCUUAAAAUGCUAUAUAUCCAAAUGGCACAGUUCAAUUUCUUAAAGCACUACCAGCAUUUUAUUUCUCUUGCUAGGUGCUCAGAGGAAGGUCAGGACCUUAAUUCGCUGCAAUAACUUUGGUACAAUAAUUUUAUCUGAUAAGUUAUUGAAAUCCUAGAAUGCCACAAAAGAUGUAUACUAAUGUGGUUAUUUCUCCCUAAUGUGAAAGUAAUUAUUGUCUGACACUUUUAGAUAUGUUGAGGGAAAGGAUAGGGGGUUUGCACAGUCUCUCUAUAGCAAAUCUACAUGUAGUCUAUCAUGUAGAAAAUUAAGUUGCAGUUUAAAAUCUUUGAACAGCACUUUUAAAUCCUAAGUGUAUUAGUUAUACUUCUACAGUAUUAAGAGUUUUUUUUUUCUUUUUUCUAGGACAUGCAUUUCUUAUUUCUAGUACUGUGGCCUGUAUGGGCAGAGAUAAGAGGAAAAAUAUUUGUUUUUAGAAUCAACACACGGGCAACCUUGUUCAUUUCUGCAAAUGGUUUGUGAAUUUAUGGUUUCAUAAACCACCGAAGGAACAAAAUAUAUUAAAAUAUUCUGGUGCACAAGAUUUGUGCAUACUUUAUUUUUACAUGGUAUUUUAGGAUUCUUAGUAUAUAUUUGAAAGAAAUUGCUUCAAUUUAACAAACCCUCCACAAAAAUAAGAUAUUUAAAACAUGCAUGGUUUUAUAUUCCAUUGGAAGCGAAACUGGAUACGAAUUAUAGAAAAUAAGCUACAAUGUAUCAUAUAUAGACAUAACAUUUCUAUAAGAUCACUGGCUGUAAACUUUUAGAAAACACUUUCCGUUUUUAAAUGUCUAGUGUUGCUUUCUUUCGUUUUUCUGUAGGUUUAAAAAUUACAUUUCCUUACAGCCAGGGAUUGAUCAUAUUGGAACCACCAACAAGAACAAAAACUAUUUUUAAACGAGGCUUUCUCUUAUUGCUACUUAGGUUCACAACUAGAUAUUAGAACCCAAAGUGUAUAAUGCUUGAGUGAGAGCCAAGUGACCAGUUAGAUUUUCUGAGCCUUUGUUAGAACAGUUUAUAACUUUAUUUUUUUAUUUUUUUUUUAAUCCUUCAUAUAAAAAUUUAACAUUUUCACUGAGUUUUUUUGUUUCCUGUUUUAAUAUGAUGUUAAAUUGAGAAGUAAAUAUUUCUCUGAAAGCUGCUGCUUUUUUAGAAAUGCAUCUUAGUAUUGCAAUUUGAACAUUUAAAACUGGAAUAUGUUAAACUUCUUUCCAUGUUUAAUACAUUUUUACUGUUAUUUAAAUAUUUUUGCCGUGCAAUAAAUAUCAUUGAUGCUUGUA